ACUGAGAGCGGAACAGAUGUGACUUGUGAACAGUCGUAGCAGCAACGUUCAAUAUGUUUGCAUAAAAUUAAGUUACUGGUAUAAAUAGCCUAUAUCAAAUGUUCUCCCUCUGUACCUACCUCAUUCGAGCCUUGAUAUGCGUAGGAUUCUAUUUUUAUAUUGAAUAAAGGCGAAUCCACAUUGCAGUGAUCUAGUAAAUACAUGGAUUGGUGCGAAAGGAUUAGGUUUUUGGAAACCGAGGAAAUAAAGCUCAUUGCGAAGGACAAUUUGAUUUAUAUUUUCACACGGAUGUUUUAUUUGUUUGCUUAGGCAAUUUGAUUUUUACAUACCUCUGAGACUAAGUCUUUUGAUUGGAUGGAGAUAUGAACCGCAAUACGAAUGAAUGAGGAAUGGCAAUAUAACCGGCUAACUGAAAGUGGAGACUGGAAAGAACAUAUUCUUCUUUCACGGGAAUAAAACUGCGCUGUAGCUUGUUACGGUCAGCUUGUGGCGUCAGGUUUGGAAAGUAAAUAUCAGAGGUCGUUAUGAAAGAACGCGGAGUUGUACCUUGUGUUUCGGACUGAGUGGAUAUUUAAGGGUCAUUUGGAGAUCAGACAAGGCAACAGCGCGAACAGUCAGUGCACCUUUCCAACGAACCCAAGCGCUCCCGUUCAUUUUGAGAACAUACUGCAAGCCUACUUUGAAGAUUGCUUGCGUACCAUCGGAAUUGAAUUUGAAUUUGGUUUCAGAGCAAAUGUCUUAUAUGUAGCGCAUUUGUGGAGAAUGCACAGUUCCGAACGAGAAACGGACAUGAUCUUUUUCUGUGAGCAAAACAAUGAAUAUUAUAUUCAACUUUAGCACCAUGUUCCUUGUCAAGUCCCGAUACUCUUCCGAGAAUUUGGUUGGAAGCCGACGACAUUAAAUAACUGAAUUGAAACAGUCAUGUUUUACUGAAGGAAACCGAAUCUCAUAACAUCCCUUAAAACCCAAAGCGACAUACUGGAGGAAAUACGGUAGCUUAUAGUUCUAAACUAAGCAAUCGUAUUCAUUUCACCAACCGGAUCAUUAUUUUUCUAAAGAUAAAAGCAAGCAUGGGGGAGCAGCCCAUCUACAGCACCCGGGCCCACGUCUUCCAGAUCGACCCCAACACCAAGAAGAACUGGGUGCCCACCAGCAAGCACGCCGUCACCGUCUCCUACUUCUACGACAGCACCCGCAACGUCUACCGGAUCAUCAGCCUGGACGGGACCAAGGCAAUAAUAAAUAGCACCAUCACCCCCAACAUGACAUUCACCAAGACGUCGCAGAAGUUCGGGCAGUGGGCGGACAGCCGGGCCAACACGGUGUACGGGCUGGGCUUCUCCUCGGAACACCAUCUGAUGAAGUUUGCGGAGAAAUUUGCGGAGUUCAAGGAGGCCGCGCGGUUAGCGAAGGAGAAAUCCCAGGAGAAGAUGGAGCUGACCAGCACCCCUUCUCAGGAAUCAGCAGCCGGGGACCUUCAGUCGCCGCUCACCCCCGAGAGCAUCAACGGCACGGACGACGAGAGGGUCACCCCGGACGCCAGCCCCAACUCUGAGCCUCGGCCGGAGCCCACGCAGAACGCGCUGCCGUUCCCACACAGUUCUGCCAUCAACAAGCACUGGGAGGCGGAGCUAGAGGCGCUGAAGAGCAACAACGCCAAGCUGACGGCAGCGCUGCUGGAGUCGACAGCCAAUGUCAAACAGUGGAAGCAACAGCUGGCAGCCUAUCAGGAGGAGGCUGAGAGACUUCACAAACGGGUGACGGAGCUGGAGUGCAUGAGCGGCCAGACCAACGUGAUCAAAUCACACAAGACAGAACUCAACCACACGAUAGAGGAGCUGGAGUCCACGCUGAAAGCCAAGGAAGAGGAAAUGGAACGGUUGAAAGAUGAGGUGGAGAAUGCCACCCAGCUGCAGACCCAAAGAGACUCAAUCGCUGAGAAACUACAGGAGACAGAGAUGAGGAACCAGGGCCUGGAGGCCCAGCUGAGGGAGGUGGAGAACCGGCUGGAGAGCAGCCAGCUGCAGCAGGAGGCCUUCAGGAAGAACCUCAAAACCCUGCUGGAGAUCCUGGACGGGAAGAUCUUCGAGCUCACCGAACUGCGGGACAGCCUUGCCAAGCUCGUUGAAUGCAGCUAGAGCACCGCCCAACACCAACAUCAGCUAGAGCUCCCCCUUCCAAACAACAUCAACUAAAUCUUCCUCCCCCACACCAACAUCAGCUUGAGUUCCCAGUGCCCCACACCAAAAUCAGCUAAAGCUUCCUGUGCCCUCACGAACAUCAGUUAGAGAUCAUUCCCCAUCCAAAAAACUUCAGCUAGAGCUCCCUCCCCCCACCAACAUCAGCUAGAGCCCCCCCACCCCAACCCACACCACCACCAUCAACAUCAGUUAGAGCUUUUUGUGCCCCCAACAAACAUCUGCUAGAGCUUCCCACCAACAUGAGCUACAGCCCCCCCCCCCGCCCCCAACUCAGCGAAGUAACCCCACGCAGUGCUCGCCACGACACACAGACUCAAGGAGGGGCCACCCAGGGAGUCCUGCCUGCCUGCGUUUUCCCGCCUUUCCCAGCAGGAGCGCCAUUGUUUCCAUUUGAACGUAAAGCGAACGACAAACUUCUACUGACUUUUUUUUUUACGUUGGUAGAAUUCUUUUGUAAGAAAAUAUUCAAUAUGGUCUUUCUUUGGUUUCUUUACAUUUUCAAGAGGUGGUAUAUUCUGCGUAUUGUGCCUCUAUAAAGCAGGUAAGAACUUUUAAAAUUUAUCAAUUAAUAAGGUACACCUUCACCAACUGGUUUCUGUUUUCCUCUUGUGAUUUCUGUGUAAUGACGGACAUCAUCAACCUGAGCUAUGGCGGCACAUUGGAACGAUGGAGAUUGCAUACGUUGUCCUCUUCAGAAUCCCUCCACUGGCUUUCUACAGAAUUCCUCCAAAUCGGCUCCUUGACAAAAUAGGA